AUGGAUCAGGGCUCACCUUCCUCCUCUUCCUCUGCUAAGGACCAGGGUGGAGUUGCACGAUCGGUUCAGUCUAAAGCUCAAGAAAUUCUCCAAGAGGAUUAUCAACAAGCCCGCGCCUUGGUUGGUAAUGCAGCGAAGAGCAAAGCCUACCUAUACCCCAUCAAGGGUAUUGCCUACUUUGCCACGAACAAGUCGCUCUGGGGGCCUUUCCUCUCAUGCAUCGGCCCUUACUUCCUCUUGUCUGUCGGCGUCACUACCGGCAUGUUUGCCUUUACUUAUGUCCCACAAUUGACGGUCCUCGUCUUGUUCAACGGCCCUUUGGCUGUCUUCACCACCGUCCUCCUGGUGCUGAACGAGAGCGCCACCUUGAUCAACGUGAUCUCCCGCAAUUGGUUGCUUCAAGACGCCCUUCUCGACACAUUUGACGGGACCCUCGUUUCAAAGAACGCCGACUCUAUCGUUCGUGAAGGUCGUCAGCUUCAGCCAGGCACAGACCCUAUGCAGAAGCUAGGCCGCAUUCUUAAGAGCCCUUUCGAACGCUUCUCUCCAAAGGCCCUCAUCCGCUACGUCAUGUACUUACCUCUUAACUUCAUCCCUCUCGUCGGUUCCGCUUUGUUCGUUCUCAUCCAAGCACGAGCAAGGGGUCAACACGUUCACGGCCGAUGGUCGGCAUCUCAAAGCCAAGAUUGGCUCAAGCGUCAUUCUGGGCCUUACACAGCUUUCGGCCUCGUUGCAACGGGCCUCGAGAUGAUUCCCUUCGCCUCCAUGUUCUUCUCCUUCAGCAAUACAGUUGGUGCGGCCCUGUGGGCAGCCGAUAUGGAAACCAAGGACACGUCGAUGACGGAUGGAACAGCACCGAAUUUGCGGGAGACAGCUAAGAAGGCAGAUUAA